GGGCGACAUGCACGGUUGAAGACGGACGACAUCCAAACGAGUUGUGUUGUGCUGGUUUGGUGACACUCUUGCCCGUACUCUGGUGCCGUUGUUUGCGUGGGAAGAAGACGAUGUCAAGACAGCCAGUUCCAUCCGGAAACAAGCCGUCAAAAGUUGUCCAUCCACCUCACAGGUCCCGCCACAGGUCCUACUCUGACCCUUUCUCUGACCCAAUCUACCCCGCCUCAAAGCCCGUCCCCCGUCUCCCUCCAGAUCCCCCCCAGAAACACCCCCACUACAACCCCAAAGUCCUUCCUCCCCAAAAGCCCACCCAUCACCGCGAUCACAUGGCAGACGCCCUCAGGGACACAGUCCAAUACCGCCAAUAUUCUGAUCAACCAUCCCGCUCAAGGACAGGAAGAAGUCAGACUGUCGUUCCGAUUCAGGCUCUUCGCGCUCCAAACAUCAUGGAAAAGCCCAAACCAAAGCCUCACGGCAAGAAAGGUUCGAUACAUGCCGAUGUCAUAGACAGACUCGAUUUUACCGGCGUCGGUCCGAUGUUCCACCAUGACGGCCCCUUCGAUGCUUGUGCUCCUUCUCGCAAUCGUCAUCGUGCGAAGGCCCCUAUGCUCGCUUGGGGCAGCAACCCUGCAGAGCAAUAUGCGUUGGCUUCCGGCGGCCCGUACCCAUCCCCAGAUGCUUAUAACGGAGGGUUUACUCCCAUCUUCGAUGCCCCCAAGAAAAAGGUCGAUGCAAUCGCAGAAGCUUGGGGCAUCCACGAACCCGAACCUUACGAAGAAUUUUUCGCCGGUGGUGGUGCUACACGCCGCGACGGGGGGACACCCGCCAGUUCCAUCUAUGGUGGUCGUGAGGGCCAAUUUUCUCGCAACGCUACUCCACAGCAUUCCAUAGGCCGACGCUCAAAGGACGGUCGUGAUCUUCGCGAAGUGUACAGGGAAUACCUAGACGAUGACACGAGGCAGACGCAAUCACGAGAUAAAGAUCGCUCCGAUCGUCGUGCCAAGCGUGGUGUCCUGCCCCCACCACAACCCAUCCUCGUACCAGAAGCGUACCAUUCCGACGCCGAGGGUGGAAUGAUCUCCCCCUCCGGUCAGCCCAAGCGCACCAAAUCACUUAUGCAGCGCUUCCGCAAGUUACGGGAGAACCCGAAUAUCCCCGCGGAUGGCCCAGCGGCUGACCCUCCCUCUCCUACCGGAAGAGACCCUCAAGGCACUACCCGCCCCACUCAUCGUUCCCAAAACUCCUUCCUGGGACGGCUGGCACCGGGCAGCGGUGAGCGCAAUGACCGCCGCGGGUAUACGAAUGAGAACACGUCGCCGCUCUCGGAUGCAUCUGAAGCAUUCGUUUAUGUCGAUGAUCCACGAAGAGAGAAGCGACUCCCUGCCACACCUCGUACACCUACUGCUAACCGCCCAUCUUCUGGCGAGGAUAGGUAUGGUUACUUUGACGCUACCCCCGGUUCUCCAGGGAACGGGGGUGCCAAUCUCGGCCGGAAGACCAGCCUUCUGAAGAAGGUCAAGGAUGUCGUCAGGGGCCCGAAAUGAUGGAUGUUUUCCCAUCUUUCCUUUGUUUUGGUCGUAUUUUCUUGUACCUUUUUCCUGUUCCAGGUCUGAAUUUCGUCUUCUUUUUGCUUUGACCUUAUCUUCCCCUGUCUUCUUCCUUUAUUGAAGCUAACAACAUGCUCUUUGUAUCCAUCUCGGUGUUCCAUUAUCUAGGCAUACCCGUCUCCUUUGAGACGUAUGUAGGUUAAAGAUCGUGACAAUUUAUCCAGUACUGUAUUACGUGCUCACUCUCUGUGAGCUGAUGUUGAGAGCUUG